AUGAAGCAUACAAUACUAAGCGCAGUCAUCCUCCUCCCCCUCGCCUACAGCAGAACCGCCAAAGAGCUAUGUCGCGGUACCGCUGAACUAUCCUCUGAUGGCAACUGGUACUGUUCUGAGGUCUGGGCCAUCACCUACCGCAACAUCAGCCAGCCUGGUGCCUACAAUCGGACCACUACAGUCGAUCCAAAGACUGGUCCUCCACUACAAUGCUUACCUACGUCCGGUGCUGCAUCGAUUUCUGGCUCUACACCUCCAGAGACGAACUGUACUUGCGAUGAAGACGAAGAUCCGGAGCCCAUCUUUCAGCGACCUAAUGGGCAGGUUUACGUCAGUCCAACGCCGACACUCAAGCAUGCACCGGAAACAUCAUCGACACAGGAUGCGUUACCAGUGUCACAGCAUCCAGAUGGACAGCCUUUCGAGGUCCCUUCGCCCUCAUCAUCAUCACCGCAAGACACAUUACCAGUGUCCCAGCGUCCAGACGGACAGCUCUUCGAUUCCCCUUCGCCGUCACCGUCAUCAACACAAGACAUAAUACCAGUGUCGCAGCUGCCAGACGGACAACCUAUUCAAUUCCCCUCGCCCUCGCCAUCAUCAAUGCAAGGCAUAUUGACGGUGUCUCAGCGCCCAGAUGGACAGCCUAUCGUACCCUCGCCUUCACCAUCAUCACCACAAGAGACGCUACCAGUAUCGCAGCGACCGGACGGACAGCCUUUUGACAUCCCUUCGCCCUCACCGUCACCUCCACAAGACCCAUUACCAGUAUCACAGCGUCCAGAUGGACAACCUUUUGACAUCCCUUCGCCCUCGCCAUCGCCCGUCUCGAAGAGGCAGGGUUCAGAUUGGAAGCGGAUAGCAUACUACACGUCUACAUCACCGGCUCAAGCCACCGGGCUCAGCUUCAUGGCUAAUCUGGGUGAUCCCCAAAAGUCUGGUACUUUUGACUAG